UUCAUCUUCUCUCUGCUGUGUCUGCCACACAGAUGAUGCGUCCAGGCGUAUCACUCACCAAAGUCCGACUCCUUGCUUCUGAAGAAAGCCAGAACACAAGGCAGAAAUAAAAGUGGAUUCCACGUGACUUUCAACAUCCAAGUAACAUUGGGAAUCACCAUGACGCAGGCGGUUGUUGUCCAAGUUGGACAGUGUGGAAACCAGAUUGGUUGUCGCUUUUGGGAUCUUGCUUUGCGAGAGUAUGCCCAGUUCAACAAGAGUGCCUUGUAUGAUGACGCCGUCGGUACUUUUUUCCGUAACGUGGACUCCAGUGAUGGAACACAUCUGGCUGCUGGUGGAAGAAUACAACUGCUGAAGGCGAGGGCAGUGCUGGUGGACAUGGAGGAAGGUGUGGUCAGUGAGAUCCUUCAGGGCCCUUUGAGAGAUGUGUUCCACAGCACUCAGCUGCUCACAGAUGUGUCAGGUGCAGGCAACAACUGGGCCGUUGGACACAUGACGUAUGGGUCAACCUACAGAGAAAAGAUAGUGGACAAGCUGAGAAAAGCAGCAGAACAAUGUGACUGUCUGCAGUCCUUUUUCCUUCUGAACUCCCAUGGGAGGAGGUAAGACACUGCAACUUCCUGCUUGCCAUCGAC